CUUUGAGGGUGUGAUUAGAAAUUGGUAUAAAAGAAACUGUUUUAAUUUGAAAGGAUACCAUUUCCGGCUUGUCAAAUUAUUGGUAAGAAUAAAAAUAUGGGAAAACUUCUCUUGUGUUUGGCGGCCAUCAUAUUGGCUUGCUACUUAACUGAUGGUGCAGAAAUAGGCGCAAAAGCAACUCGCAAUUGGGGCACAUUUAACGCGUAUUACGUUUACUCACGUGACUACCCGUAUGCACCGAAACAGAUCUAUCCAACUUUGGCGUCUGCUAAUCUUGAUGCUCGCGACUUCCGUAGCAAAGUUGUAAUCCUUGUCCAUGAUCAUCAGGGGAGACACGGCUCGUUAUUCGACACCUCUGUCAGAUUUGCACUUUUGAACAACGAGGACGUUACCAUCAUAGUGGUUGACUGGUCUUUACCCGCCAGUCUCGCAUAUUCGAACGCUGUUAGUAGUGUUCCCAAUGUUGGUGCCAACAUAGCUGAACUCAUUCGGCUACUACUCCAAUACAGGCGAAUCACCUUGGCCAACCUACACAUAGUCGGAUUUGGCCUUGGCGCUCAUGUCGCUGCGUUUGCUGCUAGGAGUGUUAACGGCGUAGUUGCAAGGAUAACAGGGUUGGAUCCGUCUCCGCUUGAAGGUAGCUUGCUUCAUUCUUACUUGAAGCCCGGCGAUGCAGGAUACGUUGAAGUCAUCCAUACAGAUGGAGAUGGUAUGGGAAUGGGAACAGCUAUUGGCAAUGCAGACUUCUUCCCAAAUGGUGGCAUAAUACAGCCUGGAUGUAGUGACGACAGCGAGGGUGGAACAACGGUUGCUCCAAUAACAAUUGAUGAAGCGUGUAACCAUAAUCGAGCUUUUGAACUAUUCGCUAUCUCCAUUUAUGUAAAUCUAUUCGGAAGAGCGUGCACCACAACUGUAGUGAGUGAGGAGACAUGUAGAGGAUAUUCUUUGCGAAUGGGUACAAAUGAUAUGGUGAAAUUUGGACAAGGGUCAUUCUUCCUUGCAGUGGACAUAGCAGAUAUUGAUUAUCAUAUUGGAAAACUUCACUUCGAAUCUAAGCCGGACGGCGAAACUAUAUUAUAAUCAUUAACAAUAAAUAAACCUACAACUAUACCGUA